UGCUUUCUCCCUCUACCAUCAUCUUUGUUUCUUUCCUACUACUAGUAAAGUAGUGGUGCUGCUGAAUUUUUUAUUUUACUCAGAUGGAGGAGGGUGGUGUAGUUGAUGAAGGGAACACGGUUAUUAUGGAUAAGGGACAAAAAUCCUCCUCCAUUGUUGAACUUGAUCUCAGGGUUGGCGCUUACUCUACACCACAACAAGAGGCAAUAAACCCUGUGAUCUCAGGUCCGUUCACAGAGACUCAGAGGCGUGAGCUUCAUCAUCAAGUGAAAAUCUUCAACCACUUUGCCAAUAACCUUCCUCUUCCUCCUCACGUUGUCCAAUGUUUUGCUUCUGGUUGCAAUCAUCCAUACCUCAACGACAGAAACAGCAUAGAAUCUGAACCUGGUAAUUGCCGGAGAAUCGAUGGUUAGAAGUGGCGGUGUGAGAGCAGUGUUCUUCCUGGUCAUAAGUAUUGCCC